AUUUGGAGUUGCAUUUUCAACAGCUAAAACUACAAUUAACAUUGCUUUAAAAACUAAAAGCGAUGAUGAAUUGGUUCAACUAUUAAAAAACUUUAUUUCAACUAAGCGAAAUAUAGAUAAUAUUAAUUUAGAAAAAAUCAUUAAUAACAAAACUCAGGAUAAAGAUGAUAUUACUUUUUUACAAUAG